UGGUCAGUAUCAGGUAUUCACUGAGAAACGCGUCAUGGACCAUUAACGGUCAUCAUGGUUGGAACGUAAUAAUCUGUCAGUGUUUGACAUUUUCAGAGGAAGAAUCAAUUGAGAUGCAAGACAGUGUCAAAGCUCUGCAUAAGAUGUAUAUAAACUCGGAUGCUACAAGGAAAAGACAAAUCACUAGACUGACUAUCAGAGAAAACUACCCUUAACGGAAAUUUAAGAGAGACAAUGGCAUUUUCAAGUGUGUGUAAUUCUUCAUCCGCUCGGCUUUUAGACAACGAUGAACUCCAGGCAUGGCAUGGGGAAUCCGAUGGAGGUAUAUCCUCCGGUUACGACUCUGGAGAUGUUUACGAUUCCGACGCAGAACCACAGACCGGAAAUGUGACUCUCACCUCUACCCGAUACUCUAAACCGGAAACGGAAGUUGCACAGUUGUUCGACAACCCUCUUCUGUUUACGGACAGCGAUACGGACUCGGAUUCACUGAGUGACCCGGAUGAUUCAGACACAGACGAUGACAGCGACAGUGAAUUUGGGGAUGAGGACGAUGAUGCAAUGAGAUUCACCAGCACAGAAAACCUAUGCGACAGCCUCCGAUAUAUUCUGUCAAUGCCCGAGUUGUGUGACGUCACAUUCCACGUGGGGCCACAGAAGACUCCCAUCCACGGGGUCAAGGCCAUUUUAGGAACUCGCAGCAGGGUUUUAUACGGGAUGAUAUUGAAAGCAGAGAGGGAGCUUGAGAAAACCCAGAAAACUAAACCGAAACAUAUGAAGUCGAAAAAACAGAAAGCAGAAAAGACUGAUCAACCAACACGACUUUCUAUCAACGUCGACACCUAUGAACCAGAUGUGUUCCGAAGGAUAAUACAGUUCGUUCACAGCGGAUCGGUCAAUGUGGACUCCUCGUCUGUUAUUGGUUUAAUAUGUGGAGCUGAAGGAAUUCGGAUUGAAGGACCUAAAAAUGGCAUGCUGGGAUUUCAUAGAUCGAUGUAUUGCAUCCGGUACCGACCUCUGCCAUGUUGUGACGUCACCAAAUCGACAGCUGUACAACCAAACACUGGUCAACAACAUUUCUAAAAUGAUUGCGGCAAAAGUGGAUUCUCAAAAUUCGAAACAUCGGGCACCAAAAUUGUCUUCUAUUUCGAACGCGCCAAGGGAGACAAUCGUGUGAAGAACCAACACCGGCGUCACAAUACCAUUGUGUAAAAAAACUACAAAAUGACGUCAUAGUAACGUCGUGUACAGGACUACGAGGAAAUGACGUAGAGUGCUUUGUGAAUUUUUAUAGUGCUGAUAUUUGGACAUCGUGUGAAAAAUAUUGAUUCACACAUUUUUUAUUUAUUUUUUUAAAGAAAUAUUUUAAUAAAUAUUCAUAUUUUCAAACAA